AUGCGUUUCCAAUCAACCUGCGUUACCCUCAUGGGUCUCCUGUCUCUUGCAGCUUCAGGCAAGUCUCAUCCUCGCCACUCCCUUGCCUCAGUAUUAACAUGCCAUUCAGCACCAAGUGAUAGCCUGUCUAACUUCCACGCCAGACGCGGGCUACAGUGGAAGUCGAAGCGCUCGCCGCUCACCAUUGUACAAGAAGUUCAGGAAACCAACAUCAUAGUCGUGCAAGACAACCAAGCGGAGCUGGAUGCGCUACAACAGCUGGCAGAGCAGCAGUUCGCCCAGCUCAUCGAGGCCCAGCUCGCCCUGGUCAGCCAGCUGCAGACCGUCAAGGACAAUAUCCGGGUCAAUCACUUCCGAGCCCAGUUCUCCCAAGCGAACACGGUUAUUGUUACUGUCACCACGAUGGUCGACGCGCGAGCCGAUCAGGGCGCUCAGAACAGAUACAUGGUGAACCAGCUGCUGGCCGAUAACGGGAAGCCCGACUCGCAGAUCAUGGUCAUGGUUUCCGACGCGGAGACUAUGACCAUCGGCGCGUCGCAGACAGUCGACAUCGCUGGUAUCGAAUCUGCCAGUGCUGUGAGCACACCUACUGCUGUACCACAGAUUGCCGUCGCCGACCCGAAUGCACCGUUCGGCCAGGUGAACCAAAGCAUGAUCAUGCCGAUCGGUGCCGCGGCUCCUGCCAUCGACGUCAUCUUCGCCGACCCGGCGGCGAUUAUUCUCCCUGGUCAGACGAAUCUAUUCGUGGUGUCCCCGUUGUGA